AAAUCAGUCGAUAGCAACAUGCCGCAGUGGUUGGUAAUUGGAAUCUCGGGCGUCACCUGUGGUGGCAAGACGACUCUGGCCCACAGUCUGCACGACUACUUCAAGGGUCUGAGUGGAGCGCCGCUGUGGAACUCUCCAUACACGAUUGGAGAGGUGCGGCUGAUUUCGCAGGAUGACUACUUUCUACCCGUGGAGGACAAGCGACAUCAACGCAAUGAAUCGCUGAAUGCAAUCAACUUUGAACUAAUCACCUCGCUGGACAUGGCCAAGAUGCUUAACGACAUUGCGAAUAUCAUCAAGGGUCGCCACGUGGCCCAAGAGCCGCCGGGACAACUGGUUACCUAUGCAAAUUUCGAGCACUACGCCCUUCAGUUCCAGCAGCAGUACAACUACAAUGCGAACUACUACAAGCAGGGUAAUGGGGCCUACCACUAUGCCCCACAGCAGCACCAUCAGCAGCAGCAGCAACGGCACCAUCAUCACCAUAACCAUCAUUCCCAGCAGCAGCAACAGCUCCAUCAGCAGCAGCAGCAGGCGGCGCAUAUCAUGCGCAUCAAUGCCCAGAUAGCAGCCCAGCUGAGAGACAAGAAGAUCAACUUCCUCCUGGUCGAGGGCUUUAUGAUAUUCAAUCAGCCGGAAUUGCUGGCUCUGUGCAACCUUAAGUACCACUUCCAUCUGCCCUACGAAAAGUGCUUCGAGCGGCGCAGCAAGCGGACAUACGAUCCCCCAGAUGUCACCGGCUACUUCGAGCUGUGUGUGUGGCCGCACUACGAAAAGAACUUCAGCGAGUACCGUGACUGCAAGGACAUAACAUUCCUCAACGGCGAGAUUGCCAAGGACAAGAUCUUCAAGUUCGUGCUUCAGCGCAUCGUACACUACUUUGAGGAGCGAUGCGAGGUUCCAGCACCGGCUCCAGUCGCCUGUCCACCGCAGCAGAAGCGCUUUGGGAUGCUCUAUGUGGGGCCGAGUAACAACAACACUUUGUUGCCCACAGCUUGUCCCAUGGAACAGUAGUACGUAAUAUACACAUUGUACAAUUAUGGAUAUAUUGUAGAUUUGCAGGAACCUUCCACAGAAAUUGCUAUGUAUUGUAAUUCAUAUAAAUUCAAGGGAUUUCAAUUCACUAGCUAUUUUUAAGGCACUCCUGUAUAUAGAAAGUUCCGAGAAACGGAUGUUAAAUGGUUCAAAAAUUGUUUGAAUUAGUUUCCUUUGUACAGUAGGGUUUAUUUUGUAAGUAAAUUUAAAGGGUGGCUCGGUUUUUCAUUGACAAAAAUACUAAACUUGCAACUUUUUAUCAACAAUAGGUUUACCUUUAGGAAGGAACAGCUACGUUGUUUUCCUAAAUAUUAAAACAUUUUCCUUAAGUCAGUCAAAAGCACUAAAAAUUCAUGUAAUAUAAGGUCUUAAUGACUUAAUCUGUAACAUUUUCUGUACAAAAAGAAAUCGACCCGCCCGGACAUACAUAUAUUAUGUUCAACUUUCAA